UGGCGCGGAACUUGUGUCAGACUAGAGAAACAACAGGUCGAUAACAACUUUACAACCGGAGGAAACUUCAAACUUAUCCACUGACUGGUGAUCAAUUCAAACUCUGGAGACGAAUAACAUCCGAAAUAAUUUCUUGGCUUCUGGAUUCAUCGGGUUGGCUGAUGGUGCAUAAACCCAUUCAGGAUGAACUGUGAGCUUUUGGCAACAUGCAGCGCUCUGGGUUACCUAGAGGGAGACAGUUAUCACAAGGAACCUGACUGUUUGGAGAGCGUUAAAGACCUGAUCCGGUAUUUACGUCAUGAAGAUGACACUCGUGAUGUUCGGCAGCAGCUCGGCGACAGCCAGAUUGUUCAAAACGAUCUCCUUCCAAUUAUCGUUCAGUACAGACAAGACAAAACCUUGUUUGACGCCUGCAUCAGGCUCAUGGUUAACCUCACCCAGCCUGCCAUGCUGUGUUUUGGUAAAAUCCCAGAUGAUCCAGUGUUCAGGCAACACUUCAUGCAAGUCACAUCUCAUUUGCAGGCCUAUAAGGAGGCUUUUGCCAGUGAGAAGGUGUUUGGGAUUUUAAGUGAGACUUUGUACAACCUACUUCAACUGGAUUGGGAACAAAGACAGGACGAGGACAACCUGCUGAUCGAGAGGAUUUUACUGCUGGUCAGAAACGUUCUUCAUGUGCCAGCAGAUCCCUGUGAAGAGAAGAAGGUGGAUGAUGACGCCAGCGUACAUGACCGGGUGUUGUGGGCCGUUCACAUGAGCGGUUUUGACGACCUGGUCAAGUUUCUGGCGUCUGCCCAGAGCGAGCAGCAGUGGAGCAUGCAUGUGCUGGAAAUUAUCUCCCUCAUGUUCAGAGACCAGACUCCCGAAGCGUUGGUGAGCGCCGGUCACGCUCGCUCCGCUGAGGAGAAGCAGAGAGACGCUCAGGAGCUGGAGGCGCUGAGGCAGAAGGAGCAGGCAGAGAAACGCUCUCGCACGCUGCAGAGAGGAACCAGACAUUCUCGCUUUGGGGGAUCUUUUGUGGUUCAAGGCCUGAAAGCGAUCGGGGAGAAGGACGUGAUCUAUCACCGAAAUCUAAACAAUUUCAAAUGUUAUACUCACGACCUGGGAAAAGCAGUGAGGCGUGUUCCUAAGAGAAACCGGCAGGCCCAGGACUGCAGGGACAAACGGCGCUCAGCGCUAAACGUUCGGCUCUUCCUGCGCGAGUUCUGCGUGGACUUCCUGGAGAACUGCUACAACCGACUCAUGUACCUCGUUAAGGAAAGUCUAAUCCGCGAACAAACGCAGCAACACGACGAGACCUAUUACCUCUGGGCGCUCAGCUUCUUCAUGGCCUUCAACCGUGGCAACGGUUUCCAUGCCGACCUCGUCUCAGAGACCAUGUCUGUUCGUACAUUCCACUUCAUUGAACGCAACAUUACCAAUUACUAUGAAAUGUUGCUAACGGACCGCAAAGAGGCGACAUCCUGGUCCCGCAGGAUGCAUCUCGCUCUAAAGGCGUAUCAGGAACUUCUGCUAACUGUGAACGAAAUGGACCGCUCUGCCGAUGAAGGCAUCCGUCAGAGCUCUAAUGUCAUUAAAAGCAACAUCUUCUACCUGAUGGAGUACAGAGAGAUUUUUCUGACCUUGCUGAGGAAAUACGACGAAACCAAGCAGCCUCACUCCUACCUAAAAGACCUGGUGGAGUCAACGCAUCUCUUCUUACGAAUGCUGGAGCGCUUCUGCAAAGGCCGGAAGAACUUAAUCGUUCAGAGAAAGAAGGUCAGGCGGAAGAAGUCUCAAGGUCAAAAGAAGCAGCCGGCUCAGGAGUCGAGUUCAGAAGUGCUGGAGGAAACUUGGAAGAUUGUUGAGGAAGAGCUGAGGGCGACUGAGUUUCAGGUGUCGGCAUCGUUGACUGAAAGCAUCGUGCCUUUUGAUGCUGCGUCAGAAACGCCUCUGGAGGAGCAGCGAACUGAGGCCAUGGUUCGGGUGCAGGACGCUCUGCUGGCCCGACUGGGACCUGAAGCUCUGGCGCUGCUGCGGGCCGCCAGGGAAGUAUGGCCAGAUGGAGAUGUGUUUGGUUCAUCUGACGUUGAACCAGAAGAAGAACUGGAUCUUCUUAAACAGAUCUUCCAGGCCAACCUGCCAAGGCCUCCUCCUGAGACGAUUGCUGAGGACGAUGAUGAAGGAGCAGAAUUGGAAGAGGAGGAACUAGAAUCUGUCCAGCUUUCUGAAAAAGAGUUCAAUAUCCUAGACUUUAUCAAAAGGUUUGCCAACCCCAGCAUCGUGCGUUCGUAUCUUCUCCUCUUGAAAUCCUACUCGAAGAACACGCCUCACACAAACCACUGCGUCGCUCGGAUGCUGCACCGCCUGGCCGUCGACCUCAAGAUGGACGCUCUGCUUUUCCAGCUGUCAGUCUUCCACCUUUUCAACAAAAUCCUGAAUGAUCCUGCCGCAGAUGCUUACAAGGUGCAGUAA